AUGGUCCAUGCUGGUGGCCGCCCAGUGCCAUCCCUAAUCAACGACAACUUUGAGCGUCUCGACAAAGUUGCAAACAGUUCUGGCCGUUACUUCUGGAAAUGCAAGCACUGUGGUAAUCUCGACAAUUCCCCUGGCGCCAAAAUCCAAGGUCGCGACAAUAGUCUGCCUAACCAUAUCAUCCGCCACUGCAAGGAUGCUGCUCCUGAGCUUCGCCAAAAAGCCCGGACAUUUAUUAUGAACAAGACAGGUGACGAUGGUGGUCAAGUUAUCUCACCAGCUGCUUCGUCUAGUUCUGGUGGUGUGAUCAAGAAGCGGAAGAAGAUUUCGACAUUGGAUGGAUAUGUAGACUACCCACUUAGUGACGAGCAAGCCAAACUUGCAAAUAUAAAACUGCUUCGGUAG